AUGUUACAGGCGGGAAAGUGCGCGUACGCCACGCUGAUGAUGGCGGUUUUCUGGAUCCUGGAGGUGUUUCCAAUCUCCGUAACCUCUCUACUUCCGGUGGUGCUAUUCCCCAUCUUAGGAAUCCUCUCCGCCAGGGACGUAUGCGCCCAGUACGUCAAGGACUCCACCUUUAUCGUCCUGGGCAUCUUCUGUGUGGCAGCAGGGGUUGAGCGAUGGAACCUUCACAAGAGAUUAGCACUCAGGAUACUACUGAUCUUCGGUACAAAACCCCAAUGGUUGAUGUUGAGCCUGUUGGUGUGUAACGUGUUUCUCGCCAUGUUUACUGCUGUGUUCAGGUUGAUCCUGGGCCUGUUGGUGUGCAAUGUGUUUCUCACUAUGUGUACCUCUGUGUUCAGGUUGAUCCUGGGCCUGUUGGUGUGCAAUGUGUUUCUCACCAUGUGUACCUCUGUAUUCAGGUUGAUCCUGGUCCUCUUGGUUGAUGCUGGACCUGUUGGUGUGCUAUGUGUUUCUCACUAUGUGUACCUCUGUAUUCAGGUUGAUGUUGGGUUGAUCCUGGGCCUGUUGGUGUGCAAUGUGUUUCUCACUAUGUGUACCUCUGUGUUCAGGUUGAUCUUGGGCCUGUUGGUUGAUGUUGGGCCUGUUGGUGUGCAAUGUGUUUCUCACUAUGUGUACCUCUGUGUUCAGGUUGAUGUUGGGUUGAUCCUGGGCCUGUUGGUGUGUAAUGUGUUCCUCUCCAUGUGGAUGAGUGCGGGGGUAGCAGUGAUGAUGAUCCCAAUUAUGAAGACCCUGGUGGACAAACUGAAUGAGGCGGAGAUUUCCUCGCCAGAUAUUGAAAUGUCAGAUAUUCCUGAGGAGGUGUCUCCAAACGGAACAGAGGACACGAAGUCAUCACUUGAUCGGAAUACUGAUCCGCAUGGGGCUGAGAGUUCUUCAACACAAUCACGGUCUGCUUCGGACACAAACGCGGAGCUUUAUAAAGCGCUCAGUCUGUGUAUAGCUUAUGGAACAUCUUUGGGGUCGACUGCCACUUUGACAGGUGGUCCUGUCAAUCUGGUUAUGCAAGGCCUGGCGGAUCAGUUUUUCGAGCGUUACGGUUUGACGUCGGGUGUGACAUUUGGUAACUGGUUUGUGUACGCCUUCCCCAUGGUUGUUAUCAUCACACUGCUCACCUGGCUGUGGUUUAUCGUCCUUUUCCUCAAAUGCAGAGGCUGUAUCAGACGAGGGCAUAAUCCCGACGCUAGGGCAGAGGCUGAAGAGCGAGCUAUGAAACACAUCCGGCAGGAAUACGCCGAUAUGGGAUCCAUCACAUAUCCGGAAAUCAUUGUGUUGACAGAUCUCGUCAUAUUAAUUCUUCUCUACAUCACAAAAGAUCUGUACCUCGCUCCUGGCUGGGACAGCGUUUUUAAAAAAGGCUAUGUUGGUAGUUCUGCGCCCACCAUUCUGGCCGCCAUGGUUCUCUUCGUCAUACCAGCCUCCUCUCCUAGAGAGUUCAUCAACAAGAGAGAGUUCACCCCGAUAAUAACCUGGUCCGAUGUGACGAAGACAGUGCCUUGGGGUGUCAUCUGGUUAUUAGGGGGAGGCUUUGCUCUGGUCCUCGCUUCUCAGAGGUCUGGUCUGUCCGCAUUAAUCGGAGGCCAGUUCUCGGUGUUCUCCGGAUUGGAGCCCUGGGUGAUGACAUUGAUACUGAGUGCUAUAACGGCUUUCUUGACAGAGUUCACCAGCAACGCGGCCACCAUCACGAUGCUGGUGCCUAUUGUCGGCGAACUGGCUAUCCAGUUAAACUUACAUCCCAUGUCGCUGAUCUUCCCAAUCACCAUGGCGGGGAAGUUUGCGUUCAUGACACCCAUAGCAUCUCCUCCUAACGCCAUUGUGUUCUCCAUGGGAGCCCUCAAAAUCAGGGAUAUGGUCAUUGCAGGAUUUGUAGUCAACCUGAUCUGCCUGCUGGUGAUGAACGUAGGAAGUCAGACCUGGGGUAGGGCAUAUUUCGGCUGGGACGUUUUCCCGGAAGCCUUGAGGGUGAACGGGACUCUCACUGACACCACAGAAAAUCACACGCUGAUUGGCCAGACGGCUUAA